AUGUACGAAAUAAAACUCCCAUCCACAUCUGGAAUCAAAUACAAACCUCCUGGUCGAAAAACCAGAAAAAAACGCCUUAAGGAAUGGUUCAGGAAGAGAUGUCUUGGUUGCAUCUACUGCAAGAAGAAAGGUAGUAGGAAAUACGACUUGGAUUCUGUUGAGGAUACAAGAAAAGUUUCUUUCUUUUGUCGCAAAUUCUGGAAAAAAACAAUUGACCAAAGUCUUCCUCCGCCAGUGGAGGACUUUAAUGCUAAAUUGAGGGCUCUGAAUGCCCAAAAUAAUGAUGGGCCAAGUAAUUCCUCUUCUAUGGUGACCUUACCAUUGACUCCGAGUCGAGAGGCGACUUUGAGGAGAUCUGAAGAUUGUAAAUGGAAAGAUUCACCUAAAAUUGGCACUACGUUUUUGGGAGACAUUUUGGGAACCAGGGAUAAAUUUCUGGAGAGGUUGGAGUACGAUAGGAGUAUUCCCAGGAAGAAAAAAGUCAAGGAUCAGACUUCUGAAGUUCUGGUUGCUGAUGACAGUGGAGUUUCGGCCAACAGUUCGCCCCUGACUCGUCUAAGGACCGCCGGCGGUCAUCAUAGAGAUCUGGGCCAAGAUUGGACCGCCACUGGCGGUCUUCAGGACGAUGACGUCACCGGAAUUGGUUCCGGAAACGACAGGAUGCUCCGGUUGCAUAGCAACCGGAGUCUGUCGUCGCUCGGAUUGCGAUCUGAUUCGAUGGCCUCAGUCUACUCAGGAGCCGGUGACGGUCGAUACGGAACCGUUGCAGUCAAAGGAGAAGUCGAAUUUGGCCUUCAAUACAACUACAAAACUGAUUCCUUGAUGAUCAGAAUCAAACAAUGUCGAGAUCUGGCCCAAGUCGACGCCAAGAGAAACAGAUCUGACCCAUACGUAAAGGUUUACCUUCUACCAGACAAGUCCAAGAGUGGUAAGAGGAAGACCAAGGUGAAGAAGCAUACUGUGAAUCCAAUCUUCGAGGAAACUCUGAGCUUUAAUUUAUCUUUAGAAGAAUUAAAGACAAGGACUUUAUGGUUGACAGUUUGGCACUCCGACAUGUUUGGUCGCAACGACUUUUUAGGAGAAGUCAUGAUGCCUUUGGAGGACAAAGUGUUUGAUGAUCCUGCACCAGUUUGGUAUCCUCUCCAGGAAAGGACGGAGCCUUUUGAGGAGUCAGUUAGUCACAAAGGUGACGUCAUGUUGGCUUUGAAAUUUGUACCACCAGGAAGUGAUACCAGUGCUUCUGGUAAGGCAGGGAAAAACAAGAAGUCGAGAGGAUCUUUGCAUGUUUUGGUCAAAGAAGCCAAAAAUUUAACAGGUGCUAAGGCUAAUGGAACUUCUGAUCCAUUCUGUAAAAGUUACCUGUUACCUGACAAAGGAAGAAGUUCCAAACAGAAAACACCGGUCAUCAGGAGAUGCCUGAAUCCUGCCUGGAACUACACCUUUGUCUACGAUGACGUCACAUUGCAAGACCUUAACGAAAGGGCCUUGGAAUUGACUGUUUGGGACCACGACAGAUUGGGGAGCAACGAAUUUUUGGGAAUGGUUCGAUUGUCCUUGGGAACAGGAAAAUACCAGGACAAACAAGUAGAAUGGAUGGAUUCCCACGACCGAGAAAUGGCCCUUUGGAGGUCCAUGCUGGACAGGCCCAAUUUUUGGGUCGAAGGAUGCAUUUCGUUGCGGAAUUCGAAUGUUGCAAAUAGUAAAGUUUAG